GAAGAGCGAGAGAACGCUGUCCAACAUUUGUAUCAUGAAGCGCCUCCUGCAAUGCAGCAUCGGCGCGCUGUCUUCCUCCCUCUCUGCCCUGUCACGCCACCCGCUCACACCGCCACGACGGCACUGUGCCACGACACCAACGGAGGACGAUGUGCGGAGGGCGUACAAGACCCUCGGCGUGCACGCCACGGCGACCUUGGCCGAUGUGAAGAAGCGCUACGGCGCCCUGGCGAAGGAGCACCACCCCGACGUCGCCACCUCCGCCACCUCCUCCACAGACCGGAUGACGGACAUCAACACGGCCUACACCACCGUCAAGCAGUUCUACCAGGCGGGUGGCAGACUGUCGAGUCGCCCCUCACCCGCCUCUUCGUCGACCUCCUCGGACGCACGAAGUUCAUCGGAGUACUACACCAAGUACGACGCCGCCUAUCAGCCCUGGCACGAGGACAUGGACCCGCUCAUGUACGAACUAAUGUGGGAGGAGAUGCGGCGGCAGAAUGAGGAGGAGGCCUUCAAUAAAACGGCGCACGCGGAGAACUUCAACCGCAUGAAUGGCCAGUGGCGACAGCCGCGGCACAACUUUGCGAAUGGACGCAGCGCCAAGCCGCGCCCUUCCUCGCCAGGGCACAGCGGCGGUGACCGGGCCGGCUCACCAAACGCCAGUCAACCCAGCAAAAACGCGGCGAACACCACCACCUGGCCCGAGGAGCAGGUGAAGGCGAUGGUCAACAUGUACCAGGACGGGAAGAGCUUUGAGUUCAUUGCGAAUGCCCUCGGGAAGGAGAACGCCGGCGUGGUGAUGGAGGAGUUCAAUCGGUGGAGUGCGGACAGUCAGUCAAACCGGCGUCGCAACAACAACUCCAGCAACAACAGGCAAGGCAACAACGGGCGGCGGCGGCGACCGUCGAACAGGCCACACGAUUUUUACUUCGCAGAGUCACCCGAUGACAUACCAUUUGAGCUGUACGAGAUGAUGGAGGAGGAGCCGUACUGCGACGGCUCCGGCGCGGACAUGGGGAACCCGUUCGGGUAUUACCCGGGCGAUGACGACACCUACUUCGGCAACGCGACCCCAUUCUACGGUACACAUCAAAUGAGCGGCGGGGGGCCGAUUUACAACUCGUCACGGAGCGCCUCCUACAAGCCGCAGCGGCACCACCGCGGCGGGGCACCACACAGGGGCAGACGCAGGAACAACGACAGCAGCAGCGGUGGCAAUCGCGCUGAUAACAACUCCAACAGGACGUGA